AUGCCUCCUCCAGCCACAGUCCCUGCCCUCGUCUGGGACCAGGACCAACCGAUCAGCGCCCUCUCCAUCGGUCUCGACGCCAUCGUCCUGCACUCCUGGCGAGACAAUUCCAACUUCGGCACUUCGGACCCAGAGUACCCCUAUUUUGGCAUGGAGCUGCAGAUCUGCUGCUGGAAAUCCGCAUCGCCCACGUCCCACAUCCUGGCGCGGUACACGGGCGGUAAGCUCAAGAAAGAUGCUCUGUACCAGCUCACCGGCCGUUUCUUCAUCGACACCUCGGCGGAGGGCGGGAAGUCGUAUCUGCAUAUCGACGAGGCCGUUCGGUUCCAAGGGCCGGGCACGCUGAAGAGUUAUCGCAAGCCGCAGUUCCUGCUCGUCGGGGAAGUGGUGAGUGUGCUGGAGAGGGCGCUGGUCAUGCGGUGGGUCACGCGGGAUCCGUACCGGAGGGAGAUGACCUACGAGCAGAGCGCGGUGGUGGCGCUGGAGAAGGGGUUGAGUGAGAAGGAGAGGCUGAAGUACGAAGGGCAACUCUGCCUUGUCGAGGGACGCAUGGAGGGGCUCGAUCACAUGAAUGAUUGGGUAUGUCAGCGUGUUCGGGAAUUGUAA